CUCUCUCCUCUUUCACAAUUCUCAUUUUCACAUAGACAUGGCUACUCCUUGUCAAAUUCUUCAGUUCAUUAAGGCUAUAACUCUCUUGAACUGUGUAUUCCUUAGUCUUGGGUCUACCAUGCAAAGCAUCCACACUGACAAAAUAGCAUUGCUUUCAUUCAAGUCUCAACUAGACUCAUCAACUGUCAGCUCUCUAUCCUCAUGGAACCAAAAUUCAUCGCCUUGCAACUGGACUGGUGUCAACUGCAGCAAAUAUGGCACCAAAAGAGUAGUUGAACUUCGUCUUUCCGACAUGGGACUGUCAGGUUUCAUAGAUCCUCAUAUUGGAAACCUUUCUUUCCUUCAAUCUCUUCAACUUCAAAACAAUUAUUUCACAGGAUCAAUCCCUAUACAAAUUCAUCAUCUUUUGCAUCUGAGAAUUGUAAAUAUGAGUUCCAACAACUUACAGGGAGGGAUAAUUUCCGUGAACUUCAGCUCAAUGCCUGCCCUGGAGAUUCUUGACUUGUCAUCAAAUAAUAUCACAGGUCGACUUCCUGAACAGUUGGGUUGUUUAACCAAACUAAAAGUCUUGAACUUGGGAAGAAACCAACUCUAUGGCACGAUUCCUGCAACCUUCGGGAAUAUCUCUUCCCUUGUUACCAUGAACUUGGGGACCAACUCUUUGAGUGGAUCCAUUCCAAGUCAAGUGGGUGACCUUCAAAAUCUCAAACAUCUUGUGCUUCGUCUCAAUGAUCUCUCUGGUGAGGUUCCACCUAAUGUGUUCAACAUGUCUUCACUACUCACCCUUGCCUUACCUUCAAACAGACUACGGGGAACAUUUCCAGUUAACAUUGGAGACAAUCUCUCCAAUCUUGAAGUAUUGCACCUUUGCUUCAAUCAAUUUACUGGAACAAUCCCUCACUCAAUCCACAACUUGACAAAAAUUCAAGUCCUGCGCUUUGCUCACAAUCACUUAAGUGGAACACUGCCACCAGGUUUGGAAAAUCUCCAUGAACUUUCGUAUUACAAUAUUGGAUCAAAUAAAUUUUUUAGCGUGGGUGAUAAUGGACUUAGUUUCAUAACUUCUUUGACAAACAACUCGCAUCUCAGGUACCUUGCAAUUGAUGAUAAUCAGUUGGAGGGUAUGAUUCCAGAUACCAUUGGAAAUCUUUCAAAGGAUAUCUCUAUAUUGAACAUGGGAGGGAAUCGUAUGUAUGGCAGUAUACCCUCUUCAAUAUCGAAUUUGCGUGGCUUGUCCAUGCUAAAUUUGAGUGAAAACUUGUUAUCAGGGGAAAUUAUACCUCAAAUAGGUAAGUUGGAAAAGCUAGAAAUACUUGGUCUGGCCAGGAAUCGAUUUUCUGGUAACAUCCCAAGCUCUAUGGGAAAUCUCCAUAAGUUGAUUGAAGUUGAUUUGUCAGGAAACAAUUUGAUUGGUAAAAUACCAACAUCUUUUGGGAACUUUGUGAAUUUAUUCUCGUUGGACUUUUCCAACAAUAAGUUGGAAGGAAGUAUACCGAAAGAGGUUCUCAGUUUGGCUCAUUUAAGCAAGGUUCUAAAUCUAUCCAAUAACCAUUUUAGUGGGUCUCUGCCUAAAGAAAUUGGGUUACUAAAGAAUGUCAUUGCCAUCGAUAUCUCUAAUAAUCGUAUCUCUGGUGAUAUUGUACCUUCAAUCAGUGGUUGCAAAAGCUUAGAGAAACUGAUAAUGGCCAGGAAUGAAUUCUUUGGUCCAAUCCCGGUAACUUUUAAAGAUCUUAAAGGCAUCCAACAUCUUGAUCUCUCUUCAAACCGUCUUUCAGGCCCCAUUCCUUAUGCGCUUCAAGAUAUAGCAGGCCUUCAAUAUUUGAAUCUCUCUUUUAAUAACCUGGAGGGAGCAGUCCCUAUGGGUGGAGUGUUUGAAAGGAUUGGCAGUGUUUAUUUAGAAGGUAAUCCAAAGCUUUGCUUGUACUCUUCAUGUCCAAAAAGUGGUUCUAAACAUACCAAAGUAAUUAAAGUCGUUGUUUUUACCGUUGUAUUUACAACACUAGCACUCUGCUUUAUCAUUGGUAUGCUGAUCUAUUUUAAGAGGAACAAAUCAAAGAUUGAACCAUCGAUUGAGUCGGUGAAGAGGCAACAUGAAAUGGUUACUUAUGGUGGACUGCGUUUGACAACAGAAAAUUUCAGUGAGAAAAAUUUGAUUGGAAAAGGAAGUUUUGGCACAGUGUAUAGGGGAAGUUUAAAAGGAAUCCCUGUGGCUAUCAAGGUUCUUGACAUCAACAAGACUGGCUCUAUAAGGAGCUUUCUGGCUGAGUGUGAAGCGCUGCGGAAUGUGAGACAUCGAAAUCUCGUUAAACUUAUCACAUCGUGCUCCGGCAUAGACUUCUCAAACAUGGAAUUCCGAGCUUUGAUUUACGAAUUUUUGACCAAUGGAAGCUUGGAAGCGUGGAUUCGAGGCCAAAGAAGCCAUGAAAGUGGAAGCGGACUCGAUAUUCUUGCACGAGUGAACAUUGCCAUCGACAUCGCCUCAGCAAUAAAUUACUUACACCAUGAUUGUGAGUUUCCCAUUAUUCAUUGUGAUUUGAAGCCAAGCAACAUUCUUCUAGAUGCAGACAUGACAGCAAAAGUAGGAGAUUUCGGAUUGGCUAGCUUACUUACAGAAAGUGGAAGGACCCAAAAUUCUAUCACUUCUACCCAUGUUCUAAAAGGUUCCAUUGGUUACCUUCCUCCAGAGUAUGGUUACGGAGUAAAGCCAACAAAAGCAGGAGAUGUGUACAGUUUUGGAGUAACAUUGUUGGAACUGUUUACAGGGAAGAAUCCAACAGAUGAAUGCUUCACAGGAGAACUGAAUUUAGUGAAAUGGGUAGAGUCAGGUUUCCGGAAAGAUGUGAUGGAAGUGAUAGAUAUCAAGUUGUGGAAGCAUAGUUUGGAUUUGGAGUAUGAAAAUCAAAACAUGAUCAGUUUAGGUAAGGUGAAGGAUUGUUUGAAGGAAACAAUUGAAGUUGCACUGUCAUGUACUGUGAAUUAUCCAGCAGAACGUAUUGACAUCAAAGAUGUAGUUUCAAAGCUUCAAAAUGCCAAAGAGAAGCUUAUUUGACUUAAUAAUGCAUUACUUUGUGAAAAGAUAAAAGGAAAAUAAAAGUAGUAUUCGUUCUUAUGAGCA